CAAGUAUGUGCUGGUGAAGCCUGUGUCGUCCCGUACACUCCUAUAUGAAGCUGUUAGACCGCUUCCUCUGAGGCUCCGCUCUGCUGCUGCUGCGUGAAACGGACGGAACCAGCUCAGACGUCCAGAACCCGUCGGUCCUGCAGCCAUGUACCUGUACCUCCUCGCCCUGGUGGUGUUCUACUACCUGUACCGCUGGGUCAGGGAGCUCCCCAGGGUCCCCGACAAACACAGCAAGUACGUGUACAUCACGGGCUGCGACACCGGCUUCGGCAACCUCCUGGCCCGGCACCUGGACAAGCAGGGCUUCAGAGUGAUCGCCGGCUGCUUCACGGAGAAGGGCGAGGAGGACCUGAGGAAGUCCUGCUCCGGCAGCCUGACUGCAGUCCACCUGGACGUGACGUCUAAAGACAGUGUGGCCAAAGUGGCCGGGGUGAUCAAGGACAAAGUGGGGGAACGGGGACUGUGGGCCGUGGUGAACAACGCGGGCGUGAACGUUCCCUCCCCGGCGUGCGACUGGCUGACCAUCGACGACUACAAGUCAGUGCUGGACGUGAACCUGAUGGGCGUGAUCGCCGUGACCCUGAGCGUCCUGCCGCUCAUCAAGAAGGCCAGGGGGAGGGUGGUGAACGUGGCCAGCGUGGCUGGGAGGAUCAGUGUUCCUGGAGGCCCAUAUCCUGUGUCAAAGUUUGGUGUGGAGGGCUUCAACGACAGCCUGAGGCUGGGCAUGAAGCCCUUUGGUGUCAAAGUCCUCUGCAUUGAGCCAGGCUUCUUCAAAACCAGCAUGACAGACUCUGCUCUCCUGGGUGAAAAUGUCAAAAAGCUGUGGGACAGACUUCCCCAGGAUGUCAAACAGGACUACGGGGUAGAUUUUUUGCCAAAGAUGUUACAGAUGCUGACUGAAAAGCUGCCCAGCCUGUGUGACGGGGACCUGAUGAAGGUGGUGGGCUGCAUGGAGCACGCCGUGGCUGCGGUCCGGCCCCGCACCCGCUACUCCCCGGGCUGGGACGCCAAGCUGUUCUGUCUGCCCAUGUCCUACAUGCCCAGCUGCAUUACUGAUUACAUACUGCUGAGGAACUUCAUUCCAAUUACCAAGCAAGUGCAGUAACCUGUGCUGCACUCGCUUCGGAUGUUAUCACCCAUAAAAAAUGGGCUGAUCAGUACUAAUUAGCCCAUUCGUAUGGGCCAGUAGGUGCCUACUCUAAUUACUCGCUAACAGCUAGCAGCUAGCUAAGUUGCUACGUUAAGCAGCUACGGACAUUAUUGUGGCUAUGGUUCCGCUGAGAUAACACAAUACAGCUAGCUACUUUUAUGCUUGCUAAUAAAUCAAAAUAAAAAAAAAUCCAUCCUCCCGUCUGAACAACAAUCGCUCAACAGCGCCCCUACUGACUCUGCUGGUUAAAUCAUCUGAGCCAUGAUCAACCUUACGGAUCAAUGACGGCGACCUACUGCACCUACUCACCGCUGCCAGCAGGUAGGUGGGCACCUACCGGCUCAUACGUAUGGGCUGAUAACCACUGAUAAUGACCAUUGAAUGGCGUGGUAACGCCCGAAGCGGCUGGUUUUUUUUUUGUUGUAUUUGCAUUACAUCUGACAUAAAGAUGUGUUUUUAAAAAAAAAUCUCUGUGCUUUUGUUCAAGGCCACUCUGUCUACAGGUAGAUACAGGUCUGAAGCUAAUCGUGUCUUUGAUGAUAGGCCCGUGUGAAAGUUUAAGAAUGAAUGGCAAUAAAGCCUUUAUUUAUAAGGCUUGGUUACAAAGUUGAUACGCUGCAGGACUGUUUUUACAAAUCCACUUUAAAAUUUCCUUCCUUAUCUACUCCGGCUACUUCCUUCAUUUCUUUUUGUAUGUGUGCAAUGUGAUAAUGAAGCAGCCGCAGUUUCAUCUCUGUUAGCAGUUUUCUGACCGGUCAUCUUAUGAAGACAAAUGUAUUGUUUGGGAUUUUGAGAACAUAACUACUGUAAUCAGAGGUGAGCUGAACAGUACCACCUCCUGAUCAAUGCAGGGAAAACCAAGUAGACAGUGGACUUCCGCCGACGGCAGUCUGCUGUCAUCUCAUCGAUGCACAUCCAGGGAAUGGACAUUGAGAGAGUGGACUUUUAUACGCGGACUGCAUGUACGCAAUAAACUGGAAUGGACUCAUAACACGGAUGCACUGUACAGGAAGAGGCCACUCCUGAAGACCUUCUAUGACUCUGUGGUGGCAUCAGCCAUCCUGUACGGUGUGGUUUGCUGGAGCAGCAGCAUCACAGUGAGGGACAGGAAGAGACUGGACAGGGUCAUCAAGAAGUCCAGCUCUGUGCUGGGCUGCACUCUGGACACGGUGCAGGAAAAAGGUCCUGGCCAAACUGACAUCCGUCCUGGACCAGGACUCUCACCCACUGGAGGACUCGCUGCACUCCACCCUCGCUGUGUGAAGGAGAGAUAUCACAGGUCUUUCCUGCCUGCUGCUAUAAGACUGUUCAACCAGAACUGCAAACUGCAUUUGCUCUGUUCAUGGAUGUGUGCUUUGUUUAUGGAUGUGUGUAUGUGUGAUGAUUAUAUAGUUUCUCUUUACAUGUACUGUCUGUAAUAUUUACAAUAUUUCAGUUUUCUGCCAGAUAAAAAUCAAUGUUAUAUAUUCAAUAAAUCAAAGCAUUUCUUCA